UUUGUUGUUUUCCUUGCGACGGUGGUAGCCGUUCGGCUAGUACCGCCUCUGCUACCUUUUUCAUGCUGCAGGCGGGAGGAGGCUUUCUGUUCCAGUCCAGAGGUAACUGAAGCCUGUGGAGACCAUAUACAUGAAGCCUGUGGUGUCUCAUCUACACUGGAAUUUUGGAUGUAGUCUAUCAGUGCUUAACUAAGUCAAAUGCCUCAAGAUUUGAAAAGUGGCUCCACAUCUCCUGCGUGUGAACAGACUAAAAUCUGAAGUGAGGGACUCUGAAUAUGUCUGGCAUAGCUCUUAGCAGACUUGCACAGGAGAGAAAAGCCUGGAGAAAAGAUCAUCCAUUUGGAUUUGUAGCAGUACCUACAAAAAAUCCAGAUGGCACAAUGAAUCUAAUGAACUGGGAGUGUGCUAUUCCAGGAAAGAAAGGGACACCAUGGGAAGGAGGCUUAUUUAAACUACGGAUGCUUUUCAAGGAUGACUACCCUUCUUCGCCCCCAAAAUGUAAAUUUGAACCACCAUUAUUCCACCCAAACGUGUAUCCUUCAGGCACAGUGUGUCUCUCCAUCUUAGAGGAGGAUAAGGACUGGAGGCCAGCAAUCACAAUUAAACAGAUCUUGUUAGGAAUACAAGAACUUCUAAAUGAACCAAAUAUUCAAGACCCAGCUCAAGCAGAGGCUUACACAAUUUACUGCCAAAACAGAGUGGAAUAUGAAAAGAGGGUUCGAGCACAAGCCAAGAAGUUUGCACCAUCAUAAGCAUCUGUCAUGCAGCAUCUUAAAAAGGAAGGGACUGGCUGGGCAAGAACUUGUUUACAAAACUUUUGCAAAAUCUAAUGUUGCUAUGUACAAUUAAUAUCACCUUAGGGGAGGGGGUUGUAUGUGUGCCAUUUUCCAUAUUUGCCACUUGUAUACAGUUCUAAAUUUGCUGAAUUGCCCCCAGUUUUUUCAUACAGGGUCUCUUCCUUCAGUCUUUUGUAUUUUUGAUUGUUAUGUAAAACUUGCUUUUAUUUUAAUAUUGAUGUCAGUAUUUCAACUGCUGUAAAAUUAUAAACUUUUAUACUUCUAUAAA